CUGGCACUUUCACUAUUACUACAUACGCCUCACACCUGCACCACUGCAGUCCUCUACCAAACCUCGCGUGAUCUUCCGACAACACCACUCUUCCUCUGAUACCUACCCAGAAGCGUUCUCUCUUUCCAAAAGUCGAUACCGGAUAUCAAGUUCCUAACAAUCUUUUGCUGAAGUCCCGACUGCUUACCGCCCAACAUGUCGACCUCAGCCAGACGCCGCUUGAUGCGAGACUUUAAGCGCAUGCAAACAGACCCUCCUGCCGGCGUGUCUGCCUCGCCCAUCGCAGACAAUGUCAUGACUUGGAACGCCGUCAUCAUCGGUCCCGCAGACACACCCUUCGAAGACGGCACCUUCCGCCUCGUCAUGCAAUUCGAAGAAGCGUACCCGAACAAACCGCCGGGCGUCAAGUUCGUGUCUCAAAUGUUCCACCCCAACGUCUACGGCACCGGCGAACUGUGUCUGGACAUCCUGCAGAACCGGUGGUCACCGACCUACGACGUCGCAGCCAUUCUCACCAGUAUCCAAUCUCUGCUCAACGACCCCAACACGUCAUCACCGGCGAAUGUCGAGGCAUCGAAUCUCUACAAGGACAAUCGGAAAGAAUACAUCAAGAGAGUCCGGGAGACGGUUGAGAAGAGCUGGGAGGAUUGAUUCUCCGAACCAGUCCCAGAACACCAUCAUCCAUCACGAGACCAUGGCCGAAUGUGGCGAACGGAAGACCGGUUUUUUUUCCUGCUGUCAGUGUUUGUUUUUGUGAGCGAUUUGCAUAAAUUGGUAGCGGAUGCAUGGGCGUUGGAUAUAGGACAGCUGGCUUGCUGAUCGGGUACUACUUGAGGAGGGGCUUUGAGGCGCAACAGGUCACAGACGAGGAACGUACGUUGUGCCGUUCGGAUGUCGGGGAGUCGUCAUCUGCAGGAUCAGCCUACCACAGCAGCGGCGUUUACAAAGGAUCAGUGUGGGCGUUACUGUCAAGACAGAAAUUACCAAUCUUUGCCUGGGUCCUCGCCGCGACGAGGUCCCCAGUGUUUGAUCCUCAAUUGAGAUAAUUCGGUUCCAAUGAGUUCAGAUACCAUGCCUACUAUGAUUGACCCUUGUCCUCUCUUGCAAGCAGCUUCAGACAUUACAGGAUCCGCCAUGUUCCGAUUGCUACUACCACAUAUGUCUCUAUCGGCAUCAUCUUGAUGAGGUUGAAAAAUUAUUUAUGAACUCCCAUCGUCCUCCGCAACUUCCGCCUUUCGAAGCGUCCGGUCCAGUCUCGGUGAGACACAUAAAUCACGCACCCUAAGGCAGUAGAGUGCACUAUGCUGAGAAGGACCAUCGCUGCUGAGAAGGACCAUCGCUCUACAACCAGAUUCUGAUUCCGAUUCCGUGCCAGCUAGCGGUCCCAACUCUAGGCCAGCAUUAAAGGAGAAACAAUCAAAUAAACGCUAUAAUCUUAGUGCCCUGCUAUGCCACUUAUACCUAGCUGACCCAUACCUAUACCCUUUCGAAAAUGGUCCAAACAAGCCUCAGCCUCGCUGUGCCAUGAGUUGUGCAACCCUAGCUUCCAAUCCAAUCCAAUCCCAACAGUUCCCGGUUCGUAAUCAUCACUAUCCACCUCC